GCCGCGAGUCUAGCAGACGACAGUCUGACGCUGAGGAGACACGUCGCACCGCUCCCGCAGUUCUAGUCUUGACUGUGCAUUGAUUUGUGUACUAUACCCACCAUAUUCUUCCUCCCUCUACGCGUUUCAUUUUAAAGGUUCACGAUGCCAAACAGACGCAUACCCACCAGUGAUACUACGGAGCCGCUGACGGCGGAGCUGGAGCCCAUGAACCCUUCAGAGGACAUGGUCGCUAAGGAUACGGAGGGCAAGACAGAGCUGAAGAAGGAGCUGGGUCUCCUCGAGGGCGUGGCCAUCAUCUUAGGCAUCAUUAUUGGCUCUGGUAUCUUCAUUUCACCGAAGGGCGUACUACAAGAAACUGGCAGUGUGGGAAUGUCUCUAAUUGUAUGGAUACUGUGUGGUUUGCUGUCCAUGAUUGGUGCCCUAUGUUAUGCCGAGCUGGGCACUUCUAUACCCAAAUCCGGAGGGGACUAUGCUUAUAUCAACACAGCCUUCGGAUCUCUUCCCUCUUUUCUAUUUUUAUGGGAUGCGAAUCUUAUAUUUGUUCCUACAACUAACGCCAUCAUGGGUUUGACAUUUGCCAAGUAUGUCAUACAGCCGUUCUUCCCAAGCUGUGACAUGCCGGAUUCUUCGGUCCGGCUCAUCGCAGCACUUGCCAUCUCAUUUCUGACGUUUAUUAACUGUUGGAAUGUUCGAGUGACCACCAAGCUUCAGGAUGCCUUCAUGGUCACCAAAAUUGGGGCUCUUCUUCUCGUUAUUGUUGCUGGCAUGGUGCACUUAUUUAUGGGAAAUACUCAGAACUUCCAUAAUUCAUUUGAAGGCACUUCAACUGAACCUGGACAGAUUGCUGUAUCUUUCUAUUCAGGCAUUUUCUCAUAUGCUGGAUGGAACUACCUCAACUUUAUGACAGAAGAAUUGAGGAAUCCUUUUGUCAACUUGCCACGAGCCAUCUACAUUUCCCUGCCUUUGGUGACGAUGGUGUAUGUGCUGGCCAAUGUGGCUUACUUGGCUGUUCUUACACCAUCAGCUAUGUUAGCAUCAGAUGCUAUUGCUGUGACAUUUGCAAAUAGGCUAAUGUCGUAUGGAAGCUGGAUAAUGCCUAUUUUGGUGGCACUCUCAGCCUUAGGCGGCUUAUCAGUUCACAUCAUGACUUCAUCAAGGCUGUGCUUUGUAGGAGCUCGCCAAGGACAGUUCCCAGAUUGCUUAGCUCUAAUCAACUGUAAAUGCAACACUCCCGCAACAUCACUCGUCUUUCUUGGACUUCUGUCACUGGUGUAUCUGUGCACAACUAAUAUCUACAGUCUCAUCGAGUAUGCCAGUUUUGUAGAGAGCAUGUUCAUUCUCUGCAGCGUAGCAGGACUGCUCUACCUCAGAUGGAAACAACCCAAUAUGAAGCGACCUAUAAAAGUCAACAUCAUCAUUCCUAUUAUUUUCCUGAUGAUCUGCGGAUUUUUGGUGUUCCUCCCACUAUACGUUCGACCUCUUGAAGUUGGUAUGGGUAUCCUCAUCACUGCCUCAGGCAUUCCAGCAUAUUACCUUUUCAUCUAUUGGGAAAAUAAGCCACAGAUCAUCAAAAGGGCUCUUGCCUCAUUGACCAUUGGCACCCAGCAGCUGUUCUUCUCAGUGAAAGGUGACUGAGAAUGUCACGUCAUGGAUUAGAAACGUUGAAUUCAAUGCAUUCGUGUUUUCAGUUUUAAUCCUUGUUAUUUUUAAGUCAAAUUUCAACCAAGCAUUUCCUGCUGUGAAUUUUGCUCAAAUACAUAGUAUGCCAAUAUUUUUUUCAUUUAAAUACUGAGUAAUUUAAACCAUAAAUCUAAUUUAAUGUGGUAAGAGAUGUUAGCCGAGUAGUGAAUAACACAUUACAGUCGAGUCUAAGGAAGUGUUGAAUUAUAUCAAUUUUAUUUGGUUAUGACAUGGUAUGAAUAACAGUUAUGGCAAUGUUUUGUAUGCUGAGCAACAAUUUUAACAACCAUAUUGAAUAACAGUGUCGAAACCUUUAUUUAUGGAUGCAGGGUUGAACAAACUUACCACCCUGAGUUGCUACUGUAAAAUAACUAUUGUACUGACUCAUUGUGGUUCAAGAACAAGACUGAUCUACUGCCCCCACAUAAAAUCACUUGAUAAGAAAGAUUGGUGUAGAAAUACACUUAACUGAUAAGCUUUUAAGGUACUGUAUUGGUUCUGUGAUAUGCUCUCAUAAAUGAAACUUUAAAAGUUUCUUUCAUUAUUUAGUUAUUAUGCUAUAUAAAUUACAAUAAUGAGAAAAAACAAAUUACACCUAAUUUGUAUUUUGUCUAUGCUGCAAAUGCAAGUGUAAUAAAAUGUAUGUUUGUAUCAGGUUCAUAGAAUAUGAGUUGCAUGCAGCUUAUUCCAACUUGGCAAAUACAGUAGUUGACAAAUAUUUUAUUUGAAUAAACCAUUUUUAUUUUAACGAUGUAAUUAAUUUUAUAUGCGUUUAAUAGUUGUAUCAAAAUUUGUAUGUAUUAAAAUAAUCCGCUGAAUAUUAAAGAGCAUGUUAUAUUUUUAUAGGAACGGGUUGGUGACAUACGAAUAUGAAUGCUAGCUUUUGUAUUGUUUUUAGCAAGGUAACUCAUAAAAUUCUGAAUAAAGCAUCGUAUGUGUAAAUGGUA